CUUUGAAAACAAUUGGCGGAAGUUUCUGUCUUAGCAUUAUGCUAUGGGGGUAACAGGCUUUCUUUGUAUCUGCUGUGUUUUGCGAUUUCAGGUUAGCCGAAGCAUUAGCUCUAAUGCUAAAGUAAAAAACGAUGCCGUGUGAUUAAUUGAACCGAUAACACUUGAGUUUAAGGGCCGGGCUAAUUACUAGCCAGUUUACGGCUAGUUAGCGCAAUUAGCCGCGCUCCAGCAGCAGUAGCAGUAGCAAACAGUCAACACUGAGUCGCUGCGUCUACUCGUUAGCAGCCCGCAUAGUUUCAGCACAAAAACGGCAAUUUGAAAGUACUCUGAUGGAGACAAACGCGCCGAAAAGACGAGACAGUAAGAAAUCACUGCGUGUGAAAGUGAUAAGCCUUGGAAAUGCCGAGGUAGGAAAGAGCUGCAUCAUCAAACGCUACUGUGAGAAGAGGUUUGUUCCCAAGUAUUUGGCCACAAUUGGUAUUGACUAUGGAGUCACCAAAGUACAAGUGCGUGACAGAGAAAUCAAAGUGAACAUCUUCGACAUGGCCGGUCAUCCUUUUUUCUAUGAAGUGCGUAAUGAGUUUUAUAAGGACAGCCAGGGGGUGCUGCUGGUUUACGAUGUCGGCCUCAGGGAGAGUUUUGAUGCUCUUGACAGCUGGCUGGGGGAGAUGAAACAAGAAAUGGGCUCUCAGGCCAACAUGGACAGCAUCGUGUUCAUCGUCUGCGCCAACAAGGUGGACCUGACAAAGCGACGGGUGGUGGACGAGGGGGAGGGGCGUCUGUGGGCGGAGUCUCGAGGGUUUCAUUACUUUGAGACAUCGGCACAAAGCGGCGAGGGCAUCAACGAGAUGUUUCAGGCGUUUUUCUCAUCCAUCACCGACAUGUGUGAGAAUGGUGGGAAGCGUCCGGUGUCUGAGGUCAGCGUCGGAUUCACCAAAGAGCAGGCUGACACCAUCCGACGCAUCCGCAACAGCAAAGACUCCUGGGAUAUGCUGGGUGUGAAACCAGGUGCCACACGGGAGGAGGUGAACAAGGCGUACAGGAAGCUGGCAGUCCUGCUCCACCCAGAUAAAUGUGUGGCCCCCGGCAGCGAGGAUGCCUUUAAGGCCGUGGUGAACGCCCGCACCUCACUGCUGAAGAACAUUAAAUAAGACACAGACACUCAGCUGAAAGCUGGUGGAGGUCGGACCUCUCAUCUCUCAGACCUGGACUGAAGAGUCACACACAGUCGAAUGAACAGUGUUUAUUUAUUGGUUUAUUUAUUAGCAUUGUGUGUGCCAUGCUGCUUGCCACUGUGCUGUAUGCCAACCUAACAUCUGGUUUAUGACCAGGUCCAACUUAUUUACUACACUUUGGUGCAUGUUAAUGUGAGAAAGUGGGUGUACAGGGGAUGAGGAAGGCCAUAAGAUUCAACUCAAUAUGAUAUUAGCAUUAUUAAAUUCUAAAAUUGAAGCUAUAAUUCUGAUGAAGCAGAAUUAGAAAAAACUUUGUGGAAAAAAUUAGUUGGUAAUUUUAAAAAGAAUUAUAAUUCUGAGAUUCUUUUGAAUGCCAGAUGUCAGUAGAAAUGGUAAUUAAGGGAAAUACGAAUUCUGAAAUGUAAGUUUGAAUAUUCAGAUUUAAAUCAGAUUUUGAAGUUAAAAGUCAAACUUGACAUCAGACCUGACGAACUGGGAUUAGAAGUUAAAACUAUUUUAUUCAAAUUUAUUUUGAAGUAGUAUUUUGCAGUUCUGAUAAAAGAUAUUCAUAUUCUAUUGAAUGUUGAAAAUAUCAAAUUGUAGUUAAGAAAUUUUCAGCACAAUCUUCCGUUUAGAAAACAAUUUAAGAUAUCAUUUUAAGUCUGAAUCUUGAGAUGAGAAAAAAGCUGCAAUGCUGAGAAAAAAAAGUCAAAAUUCUUUGAAAAUGUCAAAAUAUUUGAGGAAGGGUUAAAUUAUGAUAAUACAUUUUGACUUUUUAGACAGUUUUAAAAAAAAUCUUAAAUUGUGGCUUUUUUGUCAGAGAUUGUCAGAACGUUUCUCUUUGUUUCACAUGGCCUUCAUCCUAGAAUGUGCACGCGUUUGUAUUCACAUUGCAGCCAGGUUAACGUCAGCAGAGCAGUGGGUCAGAGGUCUGACAUGUUUACAUCAUCAUGUUGCUAUUACAAAGAAACAAAUCAAGUCUUUUAAGGUAUUAACUACUGUAGUAAAAGUCAUUGAAUUGUUAUUAAAUGUGUCUUUUAUUCUG